AUGACAGUCCUAUCCGCUCGAUAUUGUAAUGGUUACUAUGAUGACUGCUAUUCCACCUGGGACUCUUGGGGUCGCUGGGUAGCGUUCGCCGUGAUAGUCGGAGUAGCGUUCUUACUUUUCUUUGGGUUCGCAUGCUUCAACGCACGCCGCCGCAGAACUCAUGGCCAACGUCCUAUCACAGGAACCGGGUGGAUGGCUCCUCCCCCAGGACCUCCUCCGCCAAAUCAACCCAUCUACCAACCUCCCUACGGCGACCCUUACUAUCAGCAAAAUGCGCCCCCACAAUACAGCCCAAAUCCUCAGCACCAUGGCUACUUCGGUGCUCAGAACGCUUCACCACAGCAGCAAGGCAUCGAGUUACAGCAGCCUCAAAAUGCAUACGGUGUCAACUCACCUUAUGCGCCGCCUGCUGGCCCGCCGCCACCACCCAACGGCAGCAAGGUCUAA